UACCAGGUCAUAAAAUCCCUUAAAAAAAAAGUGGAAACUGAAUAUUGAUUUUUAGUUUCAACCAGAAUUUAAACUUUACCUUUCAUUAAAGCUUCGUUAAUUUAUCAUGUCACGAAAGUAUCGAGAUGCCGCUGCGUCAUUGCAGCUAAGUGUUCAGAGACAUCUGCAAGAAUUUAGUGAACUCUCGUCUUCUGAAAAUGAUGAACCAUACGAUGCUAGUGUGCUCGAGGAAAUUUUACAAAGAUACUGCAAGGGUGGUGGCGAUCGCCGUAUGCUCAAUAGGACCAAGAACAUUCUAGAAGAAGCGCUUAGUGGUAAUCCUAUAACAUGCCUCAUAUGUAUAAGCUCUGUCAAACGAACAGAUGCUAUUUGGACCUGUGGGCAUUGCUACUGCUAUUUCCACCUCACCUGUGUGCAGAAAUGGUCAAUCGACAGCGUCACGCUUCGCAGUGACGAGAAUGAGGGUCCUGUAUCCAUUGUGAAACCACAAAAAACCGAGUGGUGCUGCCCAAAGUGUAGAUUCACUUACAACAAAACUGACAUACCGCGAAAAUAUUAUUGUUUUUGCGGGAAAAACGAUGAUCCGACAUUUCACCCUUGGUUAAUACCACAUAGCUGUGGGGAGAUAUGCGAGAAAAGGUUGUCAACGGGUGAUAGCUGUAAACAUAAGUGUCUGUUACUCUGCCAUCCGGGCCCUUGUCCACCUUGCCCACAGACUGUCAAUGGUACCUGUUACUGUGAGAAGGAAUUUAAAAAAGUAAGAUGCAGUGCAGCUAAAUGGUCAUGUAACCAAACAUGCCAGAAAACAUUACUUUGUAAAACUCAUAAAUGUGAAGAUGUUUGCCAUGAAGGAGAAUGCCCACCUUGUCACUUCUCAAGCUCACAAUCAUGUAACUGUGGAGCUGAGAUAACCCAUAGACCUUGCAAUGAUCCACACUGGCAGUGUCAGCGACCGUGCCAGAAGUCAUACCCUUGUGGCUAUCAUAAGUGUGAGAAAGUCUGCCAUUCAGGGAAUUGCGGGCCUUGUCCCAGCUCUGGAAAUCAAUCAUGUCCAUGUGGGGCAAAUAAACGCUAUGUAGAAUGCCCUGAUACCAUCGAAACAUGUCUUGGAACAUGCAAUAAAAAACAUGACUGUGAACAUACAUGUCCAGAGAAAUGUCAUAAAGGCCCAUGUCCACCGUGCCAGGUGUUAGUCCAAAAGAAAUGCCAAUGUGGAACACACCUCAGAUCUCUGCCAUGCAGUAAAGAAUUCAGAUGUGAAACAAAAUGCAGAGGAACACGGCCCUGUAGAAAACACAGUUGUGGCCGGAAGUGCUGCAAUGGUAACUGUCCACCAUGUGAGAAAAUAUGCGAUAAGCAACUCCAAUGUGGUCGACAUCGAUGUACCAAUAUCUGCCAUCUAGGUCCCUGUUAUCCUUGCCCCCAAGAAAUAAAAGUGCCAUGUAACUGUAAAAAAACUAUCAAAACCGUUCCAUGUGGUAGAUACAAAAUGAUUAAACCACCACGAUGCACACUUCCAUGUCAUUUAAAAUACAAAUGUGGACAUGUAGAUGAAAACAAACAUUCCUGCCAUUUUGGAGAGUGUCCCCCUUGCAAAGCAGUGUGCGGUAAGAAGUAUAAUAAAUGUGAGCACUAUUGCAAGACCACCUGCCAUAAAUAUGUUUUAGUCGUAUUUAGACAAGUCAAGAAACCUGCCACACCCUGGGAAGCACAACGGCCAAAAACAAAAAUCACGGCAUUAGACUGUCCUCCAUGUGAGACUCCGUUACAAUUAAUUUGCUUUGGUGAACAUGAGACAGACACACAGGUAUGUCAUUCAGCAAAAAGAAGAUCUUGUGGAAGAGAGUGCGGAAAACCUCUAACUUGUGGUAAUCAUAAAUGUACAUUGGAAUGCCACCUUCUCCGUGAGGAUCCUGCUUAUAGAGAUGUGCCAUCUGUCUGCAAACCCUGUGACAAGCCUUGCUUAGUUUCUCGACCUGAGAAAUGCACACACAAAUGCCCAAAGGGUGCCUGUCACCCAGGUCCAUGCCCUCCAUGUGAGAUUUUAGAAAGAGUUGCAUGUCAUUGCAAUGUAACUGAAUUAUACAUACGCUGCAGACAACUGUCUGUAGCUUCUGAAGAUAUUCUCUCUUGUAAGCAACAGUGCCCGAAGAGCUUGGUAUGUGGACACCGUUGCAAAAACACAUGUCAUUCUGGUCCUUGCACCAAUCAAAUAUGCACAAAGAAGACCAAAGCAUAUUGUGUAUGUAGAAACAUUAAAAAAGAGCUUCCUUGUAAUUUGAUUAGAGAUGGUGAAGCAAAAAUAGAAUGUGAUGAAUCAUGUGAAAAGAAAAAACUUGCUGCUAAACUUGAAAAAGAGAUGGAAGAACAACGACAAAAGAAGUUAGAGGAAGAAAAGAACAGGAGAGAGCUAGCAGAAUAUGAAUGGAAAUUGAGUGGGAAAAAGAAAAACUACAAAGAGAAGAAGAUUAUCCCCAAUAAAGAUAACAGGAACAUGUUACAAAAGAACUGGAUUCCAAUUAUAUCUGUUAUAGUUGUGAUGUUAGCAUUAUGUAUUUAUUGUGUAUUGUAUAAUUAAAUCACUCCGCAAUUACAGCCAUUUUAACUAAAUUUAU